UGCCGUUUUGAAUACUUUUGGCUCACCUAAUCAAUCACAAACACAAUCUAUUCGUCGUUUUGUCGAGUUGAUUGGACAACUAAGUGUGCCGUUUUUGUUAUUUUUCCACGCACAUUUUUUUGCGGAAUUCGAACGCCUUCAGGCCCCCUGUUUUACAAGCUCGACUAGAACUAAAUCUCAACACGCCUGCUGACUUUUCCCCCCGGCAGCUCUGCUUCCUUGUCUGAAGACAGAAGAUACAUUCCCGAUGAGAUCUCGCAACAAAGUUUUGAAGGAAAAGUGAAAGAAAUAUUUUUAUUUUUGUCCUGUCAUCUUCUCAAACUCAAAGUCAUUUCUCCGGUAGCAAAGUCUUCGAGGUAAUAUAGCUGCGCAGGAGUCUUGUCCCUGUAUUUCUAUUUUCCCUGUUAUCGUCUCCAUACAGAACUCCAACUCAUAUCUGUAGUAUUACAUCCUGGCUCGUCAACGUCGUCCUGCAUCGAUCUAGUAGUCUUAGUGUCUUCAUAAUGCCGCAGCAGAGACAGAUAGAGAAAACCAUGUCCAUGGUUCGUGUUGGCGUUCGCUCGUGCCGCAAACCGUCUCUGCCUUGUCUCGUCCAUUCCCUUGGCGAGGAGAUGAUGUAACCGGAUUCUCGUAUUACAGUGCACUGGCUGCGACAACUAGGCAACGCAGUAGUUGACGAAAAGAAGCGAGCCAAUUGCAAUUGGAAAGAACGUGAACCACCAGACGCGAGGGGAGCUAAGAGUAAGAAGGGAAGAAGAAUCAGUUCGACUUCGAGCCAGCACUUCCCAUUCGCGCACGAACGAUAGCAGGGCGGAAGAUCGUAGGAGCUGUGAGAAGAAGAAAAUAUGACUGCGCAAAUGACCGCGAACAUUAACCAAGAUGGUGUGGAUCAGUGUACAGCGCGCAUGCGGGAAGCGAUCUCCCAGGGCGACAAGGAGAAAGCGCAGAAGUACUCUCUCGAUUUAUACUUUUUGCUGAAGAUUUUGCUAGUAGUGGCAAGAUGAAUUUACUGCCGGUUAGUCGUGUAAAAGAUAAUGAUCAUUCACUAAGAUGAUGACCACGCGGAUGUAUAUCACUCUAACUCUUCAUGAUGCUUUGAUGAAAUUCAUCUUGUUGUAAUUUUUGACCACGACACCAGACAAGAGCAUGAAGUCAAGGAAAAGUGCAACGAGAGCAUCAUUGAAAACACAAACCAGGUUCAUGGAAAAGGCUGUCAGGCUGGGCGCCGAUCCGGGUGCCAUGCGCAGCCUUCUCACCGCGUACCUCUCCCGCCAAGCUCAGCAGAACGCGAGGAAUCGCAGCGGCGGCAGCGCCAGAAGGCGUGCCAACAGCAGGCGCGGAACCACCAGCACUAAUGGGGCAGCAACCGGCGGAGCCACCGCCGGCCAGCACCAGAGGCCGCGCGCCGGCGCUGGGCCCACUACAGCGGGGGCGCAGCAACCACGAACUGCUGGUGCCACCGCGAACGCGCGAGCAGGAGGUGCUGGGGCAGCAAAUAACCCGACGAGUCGAGGAGGUGCCGCACCGAACAGCGGCGGCUCUUCGUCGUCCUCGUCGAGUCAAACUACGCGCCCCACCGCAGCGGGCCGAGCAGGUACCAGUUCGAGCGCGAGCGCCAAGGCCGCCACGCAGCCCAAACGGGAGUACACGCCGGAGCAAAUGCAGCUCGUGCAGAAAAUUCUCCGCACCAAGGACUUCUACGCAUUGAUGGGGCUGACAAAAACGGCCUCGGUCGACGAAAUCAAAAAGGCCUACAAGAAGCUGGCGCUCAAGCUGCACCCGGACAAGAACGGGGCGCCGGGCGCGGAAGAAGCCUUCAAAAAACUCAGCAAAGCCGUGCAGUGUCUGGAAGACACAAAUAAAAGGUACGUCUAAUUUUUGGCACGUUGUUGGUACGAUUUAGAUUUUGAAGCCAUAAUCAUGAUGAAAUCACUGAUGUUGCUCUCGCAGCCACGUCGCAACUAUGAAAUCAUGAAAAACCUUUCUAGUCUGGCAUUUUUUUUCCUACACACAGACGCAUCUACGACCAAUGUGGCGAUCCCGAUCGAGCUGAGCAGCAGACAAAUUUUCGCCAGGAGGAGUUUAUGACAGCAAACGACUUUUUCGACAUGUUCUUCAACGGGGGUCGGAUGCAGCAGCAGAACAGGCACCCUGGAGGUGCUCGCGGCGCGCAGCGACAGCAGCAGCAAGCAGGUGCGGAAAAGAUAAUUCACAUAGACUAGUGCUGGAUUUGCCUUUGUGUAGCACGCGGUUGUGGUGCUCUUGGACUUGGUCCCGUUGAUUUACAUAAUGCAGUGGUACACUUCGAUGACCAAGACGAGCAUUGUGAUUGUCACAUUCAUGCGCAAAAAAAAAAAUGAAAACAGCUCCAGAAGACGUACAGCGACAACAACUUUUGAAUUUACUCCCCCUGCUCUUCGUCAUUCUCACCGCACUUACGUCGUCCGGAAUAUUCCAGCCAAGGACCCAUCGAGUGUACUACUUAGCACUAUUUUUUUCGCUUCGCUAUUUUGAAUUCCCAAAGAAUUCCUAUGCUCAUACAAGAAAAAAAGACUCUUUUUUGUACCUUGGCAACAUAGGUUCGACAGUUUUGCACCAUUGUUCGGUACUAGCUAGGAAUAGCAAAAAAUUGCGAUGGAAAUAAGAAGUCACGGCCUCAUCGCUGUAGUUAGCUCUUCUUAUCUUUCCCUGCAACUACGACUAAACAGGUUUUCCCUGACGCGCGACUCGACGUUCCAGGUGGAGCAGAAGACGUCGCGGCUGAAGGCGCAGUAUUUUGUCCACAGCGAACGGGACUUUAACCAGCAGUUUCCGAAAAACAAAGCGAACCGGCUGGAGCUGGAGGAGGAGGUGGAGAUGCAGUUCAUCCGCUCCCAGCAGUCGGAGUGCGAGUACCAGGAAAAGAAAAUGUGGAAGCGCGUGAUGCAGGCACGGAAAAUCGCCGAUCCGACCUCCCGGUCGAAGGAGAUGGAGCGAGCCAAGUCCAUGCCGAAGACCUCCUGCGACAAGCUCGAGACCAUCAAAUCCAGCCACCCGAAACUCUACCACGCCGCUACCCACUUUUUCGGUGGCAUGGGUGGGGGAGGUGGCACCAGCAGCGGCUACAGCAUGGGCGGCGCCCCGAGUCACGGCCAGCAUAGUAGAAGCGGCGGCUCGUAUUGAGAGGAAAAAUCCCCCCUCCCCAUAUCAAAAAGGUAUGUUUCCGAAAAUUUGUGUUGCUGAUUUGUGGCCACAAAUCAGGUUUGUCUUGCAAAAGGACAAGCGCAGAGGCAUCUGCCCAAUUGUGAAGCGAUUUGGCAUGCUCUUGGUCCUAGAGGGUAGCCUUUUGCAAUGCUGAACAACUAGACCUGAGCUCUCCCACCUAGGCUGCGGAUCUGGCCGGAGUGCCUUACUGCAAGACAAAUGUGAUUUGUGUACUCAAACACAGCAACACAAGUUUCGUUUUCGAUAUGGGGAGGGGGGAUUUUUCCUUACGAUAGCUCGACAAAUCAGUACGGCGGGGGGCACUCCUACGCUGAUUCUUCGGGAGACGAGAAGAGCGACCGCGCCGCCUCGAAUAGUAGAACCACAACUAGAUCACAGCAGUCCAGAAGUACUGCGAGCAGCAGUCCUCGAACAGGUGGCGGAUCUUCCUCCUCACAGACCUCCGGCGGAAAUCGAGGGACGACAGCGGGCAAAAAUAGCCGACCAUCCUCGGUGUAUAGUCGAGGCGGUACUAGGGGAAAAGAUCAAGACUUGUAGGAGGACCAAGGGUAUCGAUAUUAAUCGAAGUUCUACUUCUACAAACUUGAAAACGCGGUAGAAUCUGUUUUCUCCUCCAAGCUCAACCCCAACCACACCUCCGGCGACAAAUAUUCAGCGACAAGAAAAGAAACUUGAAGUAGUAGUUCUUUGAGCUGUAGCUAGCUCGAUGAACAGUAAUACCAUAGUAGUUUGUCCCUCUCUUUCUCACCUAUGGUUCCGUGAUUACUCCGGCACCGGGGCACGACGACAUGAGUUCACGACAGCGAUUGCGAAAU